AUGUCGAAUCCCACAGAGAACAAUGAGGCGCCACCAGUGUCUCUCAAAGAGAUGAAGAAGUUUGAAAAGUGGACCAAAUCAUUGCAAUACAUUACUGGACUCGGCAUGACAGAAGCAGAAAAGCAAGAGUUUAAGAAACGUCUUGAUGUUGACCUGGAGGAAUACCAGUGCAAUCAGUGUGAAAUCUGGAGAGACAACUUGCUAAAGAACAGCCCUCCUGUGAGGUUCAUGGUAGACCAGCUCAAGAAACUGGACAAAAACAUGACAAAGGAGGAUUUCCAAUGCAUGCCGUGUGAUGAGACGAAAUCAGGUGGAUUCUCGCCUGUACAUGGCAUCCUGCUAUGCCAGAACAGACUUGGUACAAAGACCAUGGAGGAGCAUACCAUGGUUCAUGAGAUGGUGCACAUGUACGAUCAUCAUAAAUUCAAUGUAGACUGGAAUAAUUUGAAACAUCAAGCUUGCAGUGAGGUUCGAGCAGCCAGUUUAAGUGGAGAUUGUCGUUGGACACGAGAGAUCCAAAGAGGCUUCUUUACAUUCACCAAGCAACAUCAAGCCUGCGUCAAAAGAAGAGCCAUUAUCUCUGUCACUCAAAAUCCCAACUGCAAAGACAAGGAGGAAGCUGAGCGCGCAGUAUCCAGUGUGUUUGAAAGCUGUUUUGCUGAUACAAGACCUUUUGAUGAGAUUUAUUAA